AACAGAGGAGAAAUGGAGUGGACCAAAUAGUUAAUUUUCACGAAAUAAUUGGUGGGAAAAAUUUAUUCAUCAUCACUGGUUUUGAUUUUGCCAUUCCUUUUGUUCAAGUUGAAUUCAAGGUCUCUCUGGUCAAUCAAUGUCCUAUCACAGAUGCAAAACUUCAGAUAUCUCCUCCUAAUAAACUACUACAUAUAUGCUUCGUACAAUUAUGGUUGGUUUAUUCUACAUGUAUUUUCUGAUAAUUAUAAUUAGUUUCUUGGAACCAACAAGGAUCUUUGUCGUUGCUGAUGACCAUGGUGAUGUAAGUGAAGCUUGGGGUCUUUGCAAACACGAAUUAACUGAACUUCUUCCUCCUCCAUAUCGUCUCUCAGCUAGCUUCACUUGUGCACCCAUUUGGAAAAAAACUGCUUUUAGUUUUUAUCAAAAUCAAGAUAAUGUUACGACGAUUGUGUUGUCAGGAAAAUUGACCUCUCAAUGGGUUGGAAUUGGGUUUUCAAAGGAUGGGAAAAUGGUGGGAUCAAGUGCGAUGGUAGGUUGGGUUAGUGACGAUGGAAAAUCUAGCAUAAAGCAGUACUUUUUACAUGGUAAAAAAGAUGCAUCUCAAGUCAUACCAGACAAAGGAGAUUUGGACCUUACAAAAGUUGCACCUGUUGUUUCUCGUCAAGAAGGUAUCACCCAUUUGGGAUUCCAAGUAAAAUCUUCCAACAGACUUGGUGGUCAACCCAUUAUAUUGGCUUUGGGAGAUGGGAUUCCUCCAGGAAAUUCCUUAACGAAGCAUGUUGAAAGUCGGUCUACCACAGUUGAUUUUUCUUCAGGGACUUCAUCAUUUCUUUACCAGGACCCAGAAACAACAAAAAUGAUCCAUGGAAUAUUAGCAAUCUUAGGAUGGGGUACACUCAUCCCCUUAGGAGCACUUGUCCCAAAACAUUUAAGGCAUCGUGAUCCAUUCUGGUUCUAUUGUCAUUCAACAAUGAAUUUUCUUGGAUUCAGCCUCGGACUUGCCAGUGUAUCCAAUGGAAGAAGAUUAAUCAUUGAUCAAGUGGAAGACCGUGAUCCUGUAGCCAAAAGAUACGUGCUUAUACAUAGAAACAUCGGUGUGGCUUUAGUUAUCCUCUGUGCUAUUCAGCUACUAACAUUCAUUAUGAAGUCGCCCAAGGAACCCGAAGCCAAAUACUACAGGUUCUGGUUUAUGUACCAUCGUUGUGCUGGGAUGCUUAUAAUAAUACUUGCAUACUGCAACAUUGUGUUUGGCGUAACAAUCGGGAAAGCAGAAAAGGCUGUGAGGAUAGUAAUGUGGACCUCUGCAGCUUGUUAUUGUAUAACGAGUAUAGUUUUGGAACUAAAGACUUGUUUUAAAGGGGAUUCCCGUAAGAUACAAAAUGAUGAUCUUCCACCUCCGAUCUUCCAUGCGGAUGAUGCUCAACCUCCACCAAUCAAAUCCGUUAAUUAGGGGAACUUAAUGGGAUUGUCCCCUUAGGAUGGUUGUAAAUUAUUAAGAGAUAAUUUAUUAUUAUUUUUCAUAUGGGAUUAUAUGAAGUAUGAAUUUGUAGUUUUUAUUUGUUGAUA